CCCAGUUCCCAGUUCAACAUGAUCCUUUACAGUAUAGGGCUGCUGGUGGGAAUUGUGUUUCUAGCGCUCAAGUACGUCUAUUCGUACUGGGAUCGACAUGGAUUACCCAAUCUAAAGCCCGAGAUACCGUACGGAAAUCUCCGCAUACUGGCCGAAAAGAAAGAAUCACUCAAUGUGGCCAUCAACAAUCUGUACGAUCAGUCAUCGGAACGGCUUGUUGGAGUGUACCUGUUCUUCCGUCCGGCUAUUCUAGUACGCGAUGCCCAUCUGGCGAAACGCAUUAUGGUGAACGAUUUCCAACAUUUCCAUGAUCGUGGCGUUUAUUGCAACGAACAUGGCGAUCCAAUGUCAGCUAACCUGUUCGCCCUGCCGGGACAACGUUGGAAAAGCCUGCGAGGAAAGCUGACACCAACCUUCACAUCCGGACAACUUCGAAACAUGCUUCCAACGUUUCUGGAGGUGGGCAACAAGCUUCAGCAUUACCUCGAGAGCUUGGCCACGGAUAAGCAGAUUGUGAAUAUGCGUGACAUUGUGUCCCGAUACGUGCUAGACGUAGUUGCAUCCGUGUUUUUCGGCUUCGAAGCCAACUGUCUGCACGAUCCCGAUGAUGCCUUCCGCGUAGCGCUACGGGAUCUAAACAAUCCGGAUAGCUUCCUCAACAACAUCCGAUCUACUGGUGUGUUUCUGUGCCCAGGAUUGCUCAAGUUUACCGGCAUUAGCGCACUCGCUCCCCCGAUGAAGAAGUUUACGAUGGAAGUUAUCAGCUCGCAUCUACAUCAGCGUGAAACGGGGCAAGUUACAAGGCGAGAUUUCAUCCAGAUUCUAACCGAUCUUCGCCGGAAAGCGGGAAACAAUGCGGAGGAAUCACUGUCCGAUGCACAGUGUGCUGCGAAUGUGUUUCUGUUUUAUGGUGCUGGUGCCGACACCUCAACGGGUGCGAUCACCUUCACACUGCACGAGCUCACACAUCACCCGGAAGUGAUGGAAAAACUUCAGCACGAGAUUGAUGAGAUGAUGGAACGACACAAGGGGGAGAUCACGUAUGACAACAUUAGCGAGUUGAAGUAUUUGGAUUUGUGUAUCAAGGAAACGCUUCGAAUGUAUCCUGCACUUGCUGUUCUGAAUCGAGAGUGUACGCUGGACUAUCGUGUGCCGGACAGUGAUAUUGUCAUUCGCAAAGGGACACAAAUGAUUAUUCCUCUACUAGGGAUCAGUAUGAAUGAGAAGUACUUCCCGAACCCGGAACUCUAUUCCCCGGAGAGAUUCGAUGACGCCACGAAGAACUACGAUCAAGAUGCAUACUAUCCGUUCGGGGCUGGACCACGUAAUUGUAUCGGUCUACGACAAGGGCUUCUUCUCUCUAAGAUUGCUCUAGUGUUGAUGUUGUCCAAAUUUAACUUCUCCACUACGAUACCGCGAAAGCUUAGCUUUGAACCGGUCACUGUCACACUAGCACCGAAAGGAGGACUUCCAAUGAAGAUUGAAAAACGGACACGACAAUAAUAACUUUAACUG